UUAUUUGUUUCUGCAUUGACAACGCGUCUAUACUGGCAUGUGCUUUAAGAUUGUCGUCAUCAUUUUUGUUGGGGGCCCUACAUAUUGCACGCAGUUUCGUCCGUUGAGUUUUGAUUUGCCCAAGCCCCUGUUUCCAAUCGCCAACAAGCAGCUCGUGCGCCACCACAUUGAGGCGUGCAAGGAGGGUUUGGGCACGCGUCUUAGUCGAAUUGUGCUGGUCGGCGCCUACAGCCCGAGUGAUUUCAAGGACUUGAUAAGUGGUUGUGCUCUGGACUUAGACAUCCACAUUGAGUAUUUCAAAGAGGAGUUGUUGGUUGGAACGGCGGCGGUUUUGCUGGAAUUGGGUAGCAGGGCGCCGGCGGAGGACGUGUCUCAUUUCGUGUUGAUAGACUCAGACGUGUGUUGCGCGAUUCCUUUGAGAGAGAUGCUGGAGUUCCAUUUGGGUCACGGCAGGGGAGUUACCUUGAUGGGGAAGAGGGUGUCGAGCGAUGAGGCCGCGAAUUACAAUUGUUACACGGUGUUAGGGAGUGAGGUGGUUGGAUAUUUUGAGAGGCCGGAGAUGUUCGUCAGCGAUGUGAUUGAUGCGCGGGUGUACAUUUUCUCGGACGCGGCGUUGAGGGUGGCGAUGAGUUUUGACGUCUUCAAGGGGGGGAACGUGCCGGUGGCGGACGGAGGAGAGGAGGAGAGGGCGAGCUUGGAGUUGCACAUGUUGCCAGGCUUGAUUGAUCGCGGGAUGGUGAGCACGUACGAGUGCGGUGGGUUUUGGAUGGUUUUGAAGAGGGCGGGAGAGGCGAUGAAGGGGAAUAGGCUGUGGCUCGAGUUGUACGAGAGAGAGAGGUCGCGGGAGUUGUCGAGAGCGUCGAAUUACUUGGAUCCGGUGAUGGUUGACUCGACGGCGAGGGUCGAUCCCACGAGCAAGAUUGGACCCAACGUGUGCAUUGGGCCUAAUUGCGUGGUGGAGGCGGGGGCGAGAGUGGCCAAUUCGAUAUUGCUGGCCAAUUGCAAGAUAGGGAGGUGUGCGUGUGUGUUGUACUCAAUUCUCAGUGAGGGGUGUUCGGUCGGGGAGUGGGCCCACGUGAGGGGGACCGGGAGGUUGGAGGAAGAAAAAGAGCACAUAACGAUACUAGGUCAUUCGGUCAAGGUGGAGCCGGAGGUGGUGAUCCAGAAUUGCAUCGUCAUGCCGCAGAAGCGUUUGAGGUGGAGUUAUUUCGACGAGGUUAUAUUGUAG